UUGAUCAAAGAUGGCGGCGAGCAUCGGAACAAUGGCCACGAUCAAAGAUGGCGACCCGGGAAUUACCGCCUUGAUCAAAGAUGGCGACGGCCAUAUUAUCGACUGCCAUGAUCAAAGAUGGCGGGGUUCCAUUUGUCACAGCGCCGGGUUGGGCCUGCUCAGGCAGGCGGCGAUGGCGCUGCGGCUGGCGGCGCUAGCUGUGCUCACGGCGGCGGCCCGGGCUGCGGCUGACUGUGGCAGACCUCCAGAGUUGGAAAAUGGCUCUCCAGUUCAUGAAUUUAUCUCUGAGAUCUCAUUUAAAGAGGGGGCAGAGGUAAUUUAUGGGUGUGAUUUGGGUUAUGUAUUCAAGGAAGACUCGUUAAAUAGUUCAAGAUCUGUUACUUGCGGGGAAGAUUCAACGUGGACAACGUUGCAGCUCAAAUGUGAAUUGAGGAACUGUGGAAAUCCAGGAGAGAUUAUGAAUGGAUAUUCACAGGCACCGAAAACUACUUUUGGAAGUAAAGUUACUUUUCACUGUGAGACAGGAUACCAGGUGGUGGGUCGGAGUUACCAGUUGUGCACUGUUGAUGGUUGGGACGGCCAGAUCCCGACGUGUAAAGCUGUCACUUGCGAUGAACUUCCACCGAUUAUGAAUGGCGUAGCUCCUUCUCCACCCAAUAGGGAGAACUGGAAAUAUGGGAUGGUGGCAAGGUACUCCUGUGAUGAGAACUAUUCACUGAUCGGUGCAGUCGAACUUGCUUGUACAGAGACCGGGGAGUGGAACAAUGAGCUGCCAACAUGUAGAGCAGUUCUGUGCCAUCUUCCUGACGUGCCAUUGAAUGGACAGAUCGAGGCAGGGUUUGGCCCGACGUACAUGUACAGAGACACCAUCAGCUACAGCUGCACUGAAGGCUUUGAAAUGGUCGGCCAGAGUGUAAUAGAAUGUGCAGAAAACAACACCUUUGUACCUGGACCCCCCUCCUGUAAAGCUGUCUCAUGCGCUGCUCCCCCACCGAUUAGUAACGGGAACACUUCCUCACCAGCCGACGGAGAGCUCUGGGAAUAUGGGAUGGUGGCGGAGUACUCCUGCAAUGCCGGCUAUUCAUUAAUCGGAGCGGGCAGACUGGUUUGUACAAAGACCGGGGAAUGGGACAACACACCACCAACGUGCACAGCUGUUCUGUGCCACCCUCCUGACGUGCCAUUGAAUGGGCGGAUGGAGGGGGAUUCUGGCCCGGUGUUCACAGUGGGAGACACCAUCAUCUACAGCUGCGACCAAGGCUUUGACAUGGUCGGCCAGAGCGAAAUAGAAUGUGGACAAAACAACACCUUUGUGCCUGGACCUCCCGCCUGUAAACCUGUCUCAUGCGCUGCUCCCCCACCGAUUAGUAACGGGAACACUUCCUCACCAGCCGACAGAGAGCUCUGGGAAUAUGGGAUGGUGGCGGAGUACUCCUGCAGUGCCGGCUAUUCAUUAAUCGGAGCAGGCAGACUGGUUUGUACAGAGAUCGGGGAAUGGGACAACACACCACCAACGUGCACAGUUGUCCAGUGUCAGCAGCCAGUCCUGCCGGCGUUCAGCCAGAUGGAGGGAGGAAUCGCCCUCUCCUACACGUAUGGGGAAACCAUCAGCUAUCGCUGUGUCCGAGGCUCUCAGAUGGUUGGCAGAAGUACAAUUGAAUGUAGAGGGAACAAUACCUUUGUGCCUGGACCCCCCAUCUGCAAACCGAUUAACUGUGGCAGCCCAGGAAUGAUAGUGAAUGGGUAUUCUCAGGCACCAGACACCACUUUUGGAAAUCGAGCUCAUUUCCAAUGUAGAUCAGGAUUCCUGAUGGUGGGAAGGAACUACCGAUUGUGCAAAGCUGGAGGCUGGGAUGGUAAACCCCCAGUGUGUGAAGAAAUAAAGUCAUCGUUGCCAGAGAGGAAGCCUGACUCUGGAGAGUCUAUCAAGGGAUCUCUCCAGUCUAACGCACAUAGGAAGCAAGGCCUUGGUGAGGCACACUUGGAGCAUGAACGAUUGGCAUUGUUGCCAUUUGCAUUACAUCUUUCUGUACUGGGAUUGCUCUUACUGCAGGAGUGUCACAUAUUAAGAAGAAACGGUGGUGUCGGCCCAGGAAAUGUAAACCCUGUAAAAGAGUUCACAUCAUCCCUCAGCCCAACCCAGGCCAAGUGGAGGUCCUCGCCGAUCACCCAACAUGAUCUUCACAAAGUUAAAACCUACAAUGAUGAAAGGUGAAAAUUCUACCGUUGCAAAUUUCUGGCAACAUUCUAAUUCAACUCGUCUCAUCUCCACAAAAACUAACCAAAGAAUGUGUGGGUUAUGAAUGGAUCAUUGAGUUGACAUUUUGAGUUGUUUUAGUUUUGGACACUUAAUAUGUUCACCUACUGCCCGAUGGAGACGUGUUUAUUUCAAUGUAUUUUAUUCUUAAUGCACUUGGUUAAACUUGUGUUGAGAAGGUUGUUGAUUGUGCUCCAGGUGAAGAGUUUUGUCCCUGGAGGAAGUUCCAAUGAGGUUUAUGAUCAGGAACUUCCAUAACCGGUGGAGAUUGAACCCGUUUCAUUUUUCUUUGAAUUGCCAAUGGAUAUGUUGUCCUCAGAGGCUUCAUGGGUUUCAUAAAAUGGACCAACUCACUUGUUUAUGUUCCAUUAUCUUGCCGUGAUGUGUCCAGCCUAAAGUGAGACUGCUUUGAAAGCUCCGAUUGGGAUGGGUCAGUGCCUGGUCUUGCAUCUCCUGCCCUGGAAUGAGAACCUUGGGGCUAAUCAGGAUGGUCCGUUGGACAAUCAGAUUACUGUUGGCUCAGUGAGAGGUGACUUGGGCAUGGACAAGUACGUCAGGCCACUUGACAUUAGGUUGCUCCUUCACCCUUUGGUGCAGGGUUCAGACCUGGUAUCUCUCUUCCGUUGCCACCUACAUAUGAUGUCAAUUUGUUGUUUUUGAAAAUCUGAAAAUGUUCUGUUUAUUUAAGAUAUCUUGCCUUUGUAUCUGAAAUAUUUCUGGCAGUAAAUGUGAUGA